UUUCCACCCUCAAAAUCCUCUCUCCCUCUCUUUUUCUCUCUCUAAAAAUGGAGCUCCCACCACCCUUCCCAAGACCACCACCUCCUCCACCACCACAAGACCAGCAACACCAGAAAGAUUUAGACUUUGACAGCAUUAGAGCCAUCAAAGUCCUCGGCAAAGGAGCCAUGGGGACAGUCUUCCUUGUACACAACCAAGAAACAGACUCCACAGCCAAGAACCGAUUUGCCCUCAAAGUAGUCGAGAAAUCCACCCUCCAUACCAAAUUCGACGCCGAACGCCGUGCACGGUGGGAGAUCCAAGUCUUGAACCAAUUAUCCACCCCAAAAACAACCCACCCAUUUCUCCCCCACCUCAUUUCCUCCAUAGAAACCCAAGAAUUCCUCGCUUGGUCUGUCCCCUUUUGUCCCGGUGGUGACCUCAACGUCCUCCGCCACCGCCAAAACGACCAUGUUUUCUCCCCUGCUGUAAUCCGCUUUUACUUAGCUGAAAUCGUUUGUGCUCUUGAUCACCUCCACCAAAUGGGCAUUGUUUACAGAGACCUAAAGCCUGAGAACAUCUUGAUACAACAUUCUGGUCACGUUACUCUUACAGACUUUGAUCUUUCUCGUACGUUAACGAGAAAAACGGUAAGAAAUCUUGUCCCUAACGCCGCCGCGAGCUGCAAUAAUUUAAUCACCGUCAGCGAAAUUGAACAGCAACCUCAAAAGAAGCAGCAACAACAUCAUAUAAGGAACUUGACGAGGUGGUGGUUUGUUAAUGAUGUUCAACACAAAAAGAACGGGCUAAAGAAGGCAAAAUCUGCACGAGUUAGCCCGGUGAGUCGGAGAAAACUAAGCUUCAACAAUGGAGAACGGUCCAACUCGUUCGUGGGCACAGAGGAAUAUGUCUCGCCGGAGGUUGUAAGAGGAGAUGGGCACGAGUUCGCUGUUGAUUGGUGGGCUCUUGGAAUUUUGAGCUUCGAGAUGUUAUAUGGGACGACGCCUUUUGUAGGGAAGAACCGGAAGGAAACGUUUCGAAACGUAUUGACCAAGAAGCCGGAGUUUAUCGGGAAACGAAACGAGUUAACAGACUUGAUCGAACGGCUGUUAGAGAAGGACCCCACACAAAGGUUGGGGUAUCAACGUGGAGCUUGUGAGAUUAAGGAGCAUGUGUUUUUUAAGGGUGUAAGGUGGGACCUAUUAACGGAAGUCUUAAGACCGCCGUUUAUUCCGUCGAGAGACGACGGGGAGUUAACGGAUAGGGUAACGGCAGCUGGGGUGGAUAUAAGGGAGUAUUUUAAAGAUUUAAGGGCGCCACCUCCGUCAAUGCCGCCGUCACCGUCUUCGGAUUAUUACAUGAAAUUGUCAGAAUUCUGACCCACACGUGUGGCAGGUGGCACGUGAAAGAUUUAGCACAGUUCGUUUUCUUUUUUAUGUACAUAAAAUAAAAGGGUUAGAAAUUGAAAAACACUAGUCGUAGUGAAGAUGAAGAUUAGCUGUUACAAGCUAUAAAUAUAUAUAUAUAUAUAUAUAUAUAUAUA